AUGGGCGAAAUCAUGAAUGAGGUCCCAUAUCGAGCUCAUCCCCAUUGCUUCGGUCUGCGCAUCAAGGAGAAAUACGGCAUCGAAGAGGACUGCUUCUACAUGGACUUCUGGCCACUUUCGGACCCUCUUCUGUAUAUCCUGGAUCCACAAGUGGCACAACAAGUCACAGUAGAGAAUAGCCAGCCAAAGUUCGAGGGGUUGAAGUACAUCAUGCACGGCAUCGCAGGGCCCGGCGACAUGGUAAGCUCUGACGGGCCAUACUGGAAGAAGUGGAGGUCGAUUAUGAAUCCGGGCUUCGCAGCUGGGCAUUUGAUGAGUCUUGUCCCUGGCAUCAUCGACGACUGUCUUGUUUUCUGUGACAACUUGCGCAAGCGUGCUGAGAAGAACGAAGUCUUUCGCAUGGAGGAUGACGCGACGAGAUUGACUGUCGAUAUCAUCGGAAAGGUAGCUCUCGAUCUGAAGCUCAAUGCUCAGACUGGGAAGAACGAGCUAGUGGAGGCGUUCAGGGAACAAGUACAACUGCUGCCGAACGAUCAGCAGGGCGACCCUUUUUCCCAAUGGAAGCCUUACGGUAUCUGGAGACGGUGGGUCAACAGUCGAAAGAUGGUCGAUUAUAUUGGUAAAGUGCUUGACGAGCGAUUUGCGAGAAGUGGGGAAGCUUCAGCGACCGAAAAAGGAGCGAGAAAGCAACGUAAGAGAGCCAUCAUUGAUCUAGCCUUGGAUGCCUACCAAGCACAACAGAUGGGGCUGGAAGAGCGUGCUGUGCAGCACAAAGCACCAGUCAUGGAUGCGGAGUUUAGGCGGCAGGCUAUUGUCCAGAUCAGGACGUUCAUCUUCGCAGGUCACGACACCACCAGCUCGACAAUCGCUUACGCUUUCUAUGAGCUGCAUAGAAAUCCAGUAACACUAGAGCGCAUACGCAAAGAGCAUGACAAGAUUCUCGGACCCGUAUCGCAGACCACAAAGCGUUUAAGAGACGAUCCGCAUCUCAUCAACAAGCUCGAAUACACCAACGCAGUGGUCAAAGAGACGCUUCGGCUCUGGCCGGCAGCCAGCUCUGCUAGGACCGGUGCGCCAGGUUUCAUGAUCAGAGAGCCCAAGACUGGUAUGAUGCUACCAACCGAAGGUUAUGUCGCCUGGGUUGUGCCGUAUGGCAUACAUCGCCACUCCAAGAUUUGGGGCGAGACGGUUGCUUCCUUCAUUCCCGAUCGCUUCAUGCCCGAGAACGAGAGCAGUCUGCCCGAGAAUGCGUGGCGACCAUUCGAGAAAGGUCCUCGCAAUUGCAUCGGGCAGGAGCUCGCUAUGAUUGAAGCGAGGGUGAUCCUGGCACUGACUUGUCGGAGCUUCGAAUUCACUCCAGCAUUCGAUGCUGUGGAGGAACUGAAGAAUGAUGGUUCGGCAUAUGCAGGUGACGACCGCUGGAGGAAAGGUGUGAUGGAUCUGGAUGGCGAGGAAGCGUGGCCAGUCUUGGUGAGUAACCUGCAUACUGUACCGAGUGAAGUGCAAGAGUUAAUGUUUCUGCUAGAUUGGAACGGCAAAGCCUCGAGAAGGAAUGCCUUGUCGUGUCAGAGUAAGGUCUACGUAGAUUCGGACCUCACGGGUGCUCUUACGAGUGGAGAUCAUGUUAAAAGCCUCUCUACCAGCGCUUUCGUGGCAACUGUGGUGCGAGAUCGUAGGCGUGAGAGAAAAGAAUCAUUGUCAAAGAGACUACAGCUCGAUAUAUGCAGGCCCCCGACAUGCAUCUUGGGCAACCCGUAA